AAGUGAUCCACAUAAGGUACUCGAGUAAGUACCGAAAAAUAUCAAUAACAUUCAUAACAAUUCUAUUGAGUAUAGUUACGGUGUUAUUCAUGUAUGACUGGUUUUCCUGGAGUAAGCAAUUAAAAUGUGAAGACAAAGAUAUUGGAGAGUAUUUUAAAUCUUACAUGUCCUUUUAUAUCCUUUACAGUAUGGUCAUAAUAAAAGAGGUGUUAUAUUGGCAUGUUAUUUAUUUGUUAAAGAUUAAGAUUUAUUUACUAAAUUUAGAUUUAGAGAAAAUAAGAGAGAGGAUUUAUGUAAAGGGCGAAUGUUUCCUACAAAAUAUUAUAAAUAACGUAUACCUUGAAAAUAAUUCCGGCAUUAAUAUGGAACAGCUUACAGGGAGGAGUCACACAGCAUCGACAAUUGUAGAUAAAUCAGAUGAUUCGACAGACUUAGCACGAAAACUGUUAUUUCUUUCUAUUUACCACGAGAAAAUAUUUGAAGCAGUAGCAGUAGUCAACAAUUCAAUGGAAUUUUGUAUACCUCUGAUUAUGUUGAGUUGUUUGCUUCAUUUAAUCGUGACACCAUAUUUUCUGCUUGCCAAAAUAAUAUCUGAUGAUACAGAUAUUUAUUAUAUAUGUUUGCAGAGUAUUUGGUUUAUGGGACAUGUAGGCAGAGUUCUAAUUAUUGUUGAACCGUGUCAGAGUUGUAUAAAUGAGCAUAAUAAAACCUCAAGUGUUAUAUCUGACAUGCUAACUUACGAAGUUGACGACACUAUAAAGAAGGGGAUGACAAUGUUUUCGCUUCAGUUUAAUCGAUGGAAACUAAGAUUUUCUUCAUGUGGAUUUUUUAAAAUUAGCAGAGCUUUGUUGACUUCGAUUGCCGGAGCUGUAACUACAUACCUUGUUAUUCUAUUUCAGUUCAACACCACUUGACAGGAGUUACUGUAUUCUAAUUGUAGAGAUACUUAGAACUUUAAGACGUUGUUAACUGAAAAUGUUUUUAAAAAAUAAACGUGCUUUUAUUAGAUUUUUAAAAACUUUGUGUAACUUCUAAAACUAAAAAAAAAAACAUUUUUUCAUUGUUCUAUCAAAUGUAAAUUGGUUUAGUAACGUAUUGGUUGAUUUGUGUUUGAUUGUAAGCACUGGAGUUAACAUCACAAA